AUGCCUCCACGAAGAGCUGUCAAAAGUUGUCCCGCUAGAAGGAAUGUUGAAACACGGGAACAAAGGGUACCUAAUGCACCUGAAGUGCAACCCCAAGGAGAGGUCAAUAAUGCUGAGUUCUGGGAAGCUAUCCAGAUGUUGAUUCAAGCUAUGACCAAUCAAUUUGGACAAAGAGAAAAUCAACAGGAUUUGGCUGAUACUUCAAGGAUCUUUGCAUACCAAAUGAACGGUGUCGCUAGAAUCUGGUCUAAUCAGUGGAAAAAGAAUAGAUUUGAAGGUGCACCACUUGUGAGUUGGGUUUUGUUUGAGGAGGCCUUCUUGGGGCAUUUCUUUCCCCGUGAAUUGAAAGAAGCAAAAAAGAAACAGAACGGACCUGCUUCAUCAUCUGCUAGUGCACCUGCACCAAGGAACAUAGGUGAGUUCAAUCAUCAGAAUUUCAGAGCUAGACCUGCGCAUUCUCAAGAUAAUAUGGCACAAGAGGGUAAUAAAACUUUUGCAUGUGAUAAGUAUGGUAGGAGCCACUCAGGGGUGUGUCGUGAUGGCUCCACUGGUUGCUUUAAGUGUGGUCAGAACAGUCAUUUUAUGACAGUGUGUCCUAAGAACAGACAAAGAAAUGGUAAAGGGGUCAAUAAGGCCCAAUCUUCUUUAGUUGCUCCACCGGACAGAGUUGCAUCUAGAGGAGCUACUUCAGGGGCAGGUGGAGGAGGAAACUGCAUGUAUGUCAUCACUAAUAGCCAAGAACAAGAAAAUGCACUUAACGCUACAAAGCACAUUGUAGCUACACUUUGGCCAUAA